AUAUUUAUUAGCAGAUCUCUCACAUCGAUCGGAGCUAAGCGCGUUAAAUAGUAUCGCGCAUUCGAAAAAGAGCCCCAGAAGCUGCGCGCCCGCAGACUUGCUUGCUGGUCCGAUUGCUAUGAUUGUCGCUGCUGUGGAGAAGACGCACCUACUCCACAGCACUAGAAGAGUGUAGAAAGAUGGACAAAGCCAGUAGAGUGCAAGCUAGCUAUCCAUAUGAGCGAGCACAAGUCUAUGGCCGCUGCUGCUACGAUUAACGCUUCUGGUUCCUGGCCGUUGCCUGCUACCCGAGUGCCACCCGCGCGUUAGCCUGUCUGCAUGCCUGCGACAUCUGCUGUGCGAGCUUAUUAGUUGCUUAUACUACCGCUGGCAAUGGUGGCUAGGCAAUCACUCCUCAUUAUUCCGUUCAUUCUAGAUACGAUGAGCGGGAACCGGAGAGCAAGCCGCCGCUCGACACGUUUGCCAAAUCCCAGACAUGGCAAUCGCCCGCCACUAACCGAAUGACACGAAAUGAGCGGACAGUGGCGCUCGCUGCAGACAUUUCAGCUUCGUAUCAGCAAAACCCGCAUCGUUUUCCCCUCAAAAACUCAAUAUAGCGUCUAUAGUGAAGUUAGGUUUGUUCUGUGGUGAAAACCGUUUCCAUGUCGACGCUGUGAAAAAUGUUAAUAUCCUCUCUCGAUAAACUCACCGCCCGCUCAGAUGUUUGUGUCCCAUAGCUGUGGCUGUAAGCCUAAGUGUUCGUUAGGCUUAGAGUGUGCGCCGAGUGCCCUGGUAGUGGAGUUGUGCCAGCCGUCUCCGUGACUGCAAAAGAGAUCUAGGGUAGUCGCGCUAAAAUUCGACGUCAGAGCGCAGGUGACGGCAUAGUUAGUCCGAUAUAAGACGUAGAGACGAGAAGUUUUGCUGUUUCGUCCUCAGUUCUGUGUAUUACAGUAUUGAAACUAAACGACUCGUGAAGAAGAAGUAUUGUGGUAGGGCGCACUUCGUUGUCGUCGGCGGCAGCAGCAGCGCAGGGGCUCAUUGGCUGGCGGGCAAUGAGCUGCAGUGCCGGGGCUGCGGCGACGACGACGACGAGGACAGCAACAAACGUAUCGCCAGUAAGUGGUGGUGAUCAGGUAACGGUGACCGGAAUGGAGACACAACAGGAAGAGGCCGACCAAGGAUCAUCUUCCAGAGGACGAGGAGCGUCGUCCAAAGAAAAAAAGUCUAUGUUGUCUAUGCUAGCUGAAGUAGCCUCAGCUACAUUGACCACUCCAGAUGCUAAAAAUCAGGUGCCUACGGGUCAGCUCUCUGUCGACCAACUGAAAUCCCUCAAUUCGACGCAGCUUUUGGAGCUGUUCGCCGUGAAAUUAGUUGAUGAGGCAAAAAAAAAAUACUCCUUUUCCUGUAAAAUGCAGUUGUGUAAUGUUACCUUCACUAGUCAUGGAACUGAAGUUCGAGCUCGUCAACAGAUGUGUGCACACUUGACCGAACAUCUAGAGGAAAUCAAGAAAAAUGUAGGUGAAGAGGCAGAUCACUGUAUUGUAGAAACUAUUGAAAUGGAACAUGAAGUUCAGCAUCAGGAAAACCAGGAAGCUCACAUGGUUGAGCAGAUGGAAGUUGUGGAAGAGAUUGUCGAGACCGGAGAAGAUAGCGUACAGGUUAUCCACGAGGGAAAUGGCGAGCAAAUUCUCGACGCGGUUUAUGAAGUCGAGGAACAAACGCCCACAAACGAGUGUCACGAAAGUCAUGAGCAACAACAGAUGCUGGAGGAAGCAACCUAUGAAAUAACAGUUAAUAGGAAACGGCGCCAUAGUGCGUCUUCGGCCACUAUGAGCGCCUCGGAACAAGAGGAUUUCGAACCUGAAAUAGUGAGUCUUGAUGACGGGGAGGUGUUCUUUAAGCCUCGUCGAACGAUGGAUCCGUGCGAACAGGGAGCUCAAGACUGGAGUCAACUGGAGCAAAUGCUCGAUCACACAUAUACCCACCCGUGCGGACCACCGGAACAACCCAGACAGAAGCAGCCAACUCUGCGGGUUCAUUUGGAUGACAGUGGAGACAAUAGCCUUAGUCAAGAAAUAUCUAGAAAACAAAUUCGACUGACAAUUCCAACGGCUCUUUGGCCUUCGGUGUAUACCCCGCUACUGCCAAACAUUUCGCAGAUUCAAGAGGUUGCUGUUGAACCCGUGCGAACUCCAACUCCGCCACCUGCAACAUCGCCGUCAGCUCCGACUUCAGCUCCGGCACAGACGAGGAUUAUACAGCCGCCCGUACGAACACAAUACAUUAUUCAAGGAAACACUGUCACUCACCAAAUGCCUCAACAGCACCACUUACAACAGAAAGCCCAACAGCAGCAGCACCAACAGCAACAACAACAACAACAGCAACAGCAACAGCAACAACAACAACAAAUUCUGCACUCGAGAAAAUCCAAUAAUCGAGAAUAA